AUGACUGUAUCCUUCCAGCAAGAUUUUCCUAUCAGUUUCGCCGAGGAAAUGGCUACGAAAACUGACAGCGCUCCCAACAAGUUCUAUGUUGAAUGGUUUGACAACUCGAAUGAGUUCCCUACAUUGACCUCUUCUGGUUCUAACCAUCUUGGCAAGAUGACUGUUCCUUCCAAAGUGGGUACAUGGGAGCUUUUGCAGAAAACUGACCUCAAGAUUGACGAUCAUCAGCAAGAACAAGGUCCUCAGCAACUCUAUUCUCAAAUGGUUGAAAAAAAUGCGACAGAGUUGCAGCCUUCUUUUCGAACUGUACAGUCACUUCACUCAAAUCCGAAGCAAAAGAAAAAGUCCCAGCAAGAUAAUGAUGUAGUCGUUGAAGAAGACCCAUCACUCAAUGUUGAUUUAUAUGAUAUCCACAAGUCCCAAUCAAGGAGAGCGAAUAGACCGAAGCAUAUGAAGGCGGGUAGAAAAGUCGAUGUUCAUAUCGAGGGCACCUUGAGAUUGGCUACUUCGCGCCAUGGCAAGACGCAUUUUAUUUGGAUUCCUAAUGAUAACAACUCAACAUUAAUAGGCCAACCAGAUAGUAUCCAGCUUCAAGACAAUGCUCAAGCUCUUCUUGCUUUCUCAGCGAAAAGCUUCGCACCUUCUUCUCCAGCCCACAAGAAACAGAAGGAUGUGAACCAUGCUGCGGCCUGUUACAAGUAUUCACCGUUGCUUGAUAAUAGUGAUUAUUCUGUACUUUCUACCAAAAUCAAGUGUUAA